UGAAAUAUGGACGUCAGUAAUCUUUUUGUUCAUCAGGACUUUGGAGAGGAAUUAACCAAAGCUGCUACUGAGGGGCAUGACAUUUGCACAGAUAUCACUGGUGCAACUGAUGACAUGAUAAAACAGGUCCGCAGCGGUAAUUUUAUCGAAGACGAAAAAAUGAAGAGGUACGUGCUGUGUCUGUGGCGAGCUUCCAGAUUUGCGGAUAGAAAUUUGAAAAUCAAUGUUGAAGCCAUCCGCCAAGUACUGCCUCAUAUGAUGAAGAAGCAUUUUCCUAGUAAGGCAAGAGACUGUAUCGUACAAGCCAGAAAUUCAGAUCUGAAGGAAAAUUAUGACAAGACCUACGAAGUAAUGAAAUGCCUAUAUAAUUUGGAUCCAGAGGGAUUCAUCAUGUUUUAAGAAGAGUCUUGGAUGAAUGAUCAGUCAUCGCUACUGUGCUAUUGGAAAUAUGUUCAUUCUUGAGUACUAUAUUCAAUAAAUUUUGAACAUG